AUGUCAACAUCCAACUUUUCUAUCGCAGAAAUUGCUAAUAAUUUGAUCCCAAAAUUAAACAAGAAUAGAAUCUUUCCUCCUUUCUACAAUAAGCCUGAAGAACUCAUUCCUUCUCUUAGCACUACUAACUCACGUAAGCCAAGAAGGUCCCCAAAUAGUUUUCUUCUCUUUCGAAAGAAUAUUCACGAAGAGAUUAAACGUAUUGGAGUUGGAUGUAACAUGCGUGUUAUUAGUCGUAUCGCAGGAGUUCUUUGGCAUAACGCUUCUCUUGAUGAGAAGCAAUUUUAUGACGAUUUAGCACAACGUUGUAAUGAUCUUCACAUUCAGCGUUAUCAACCAAAAAUUAAGCAUGAGUCAGAGAUUCGUAAAAGACCAUUAAAAUGCAAAUAUGAUCCCUAUGAAGUGGUUUCUAUUCCUUCUCACAUUUCAUCCAGUCAAUUAAGAUUACAACAGGAACCUGAGCCUGUUAUUGGUCAAUAUUCGAGACCGAACUCUCUUCCACUACUUAACCAGAAUCCAUUUAACUUGGUUAGCUUUACGGAAGAAGAUUGGAGUUCUUUAUAUUUUACCUUCAGAGGACAACAAUAUCAGCAAUAA